ACCACCCCGGGGCUCUGUUAAUCGCGCGCGCGACCCCGGGCUCGGGCCCGUCUCCGGCCCUCGAGGGAACCGCUGCCUUCACCGACACCUCUGCAGCGGCCGCCCCUGAGGCCGCCUGGGUAGGACGCCGGCGUGAGCAUCGAGCACCCCCCAAGAAGUGCACGACCCUCGGAGUCGCCCUCAACACGGACCGCGCCCGCCGGGCACACAAGAAUGGUCACUCAGAUACUCGGGGCCAUGGAGUCUCAGGUGGCAGGGGGCCCGGCCGGCCCGGCCCUGCCCAAUGGGCCACUCCUUGGUACAAAUGGAGCCACUGAUGACAGCAAAACCAACCUCAUCGUCAACUACCUGCCCCAGAACAUGACCCAGGAUGAGUUCAAGAGUCUCUUCGGCAGCAUUGGUGACAUUGAGUCCUGCAAGUUGGUUCGGGACAAGAUCACAGGGCAGAGCCUCGGCUACGGGUUUGUGAACUACUCUGACCCCAACGACGCAGACAAAGCCAUCAACACCCUGAACGGCCUCAAACUACAGACAAAGACCAUCAAGGUAUCCUAUGCCAGACCCAGUUCUGCAUCCAUCCGGGAUGCCAACCUGUACGUCAGCGGGCUCCCCAAGACCAUGAGCCAGAAGGAAAUGGAGCAGCUCUUCUCCCAGUACGGUCGCAUCAUCACUUCCCGGAUCCUGGUGGACCAGGUCACAGGUGUGUCUCGGGGCGUGGGGUUCAUCCGCUUUGACAAGAGGAUUGAGGCCGAGGAGGCUAUCAAAGGAUUGAAUGGACAGAAGCCACUGGGAGCAGCUGAGCCCAUCACAGUCAAGUUUGCCAACAACCCAAGUCAGAAGACAGGGCAGGCCCUGCUUACUCACCUUUACCAGUCAUCAGCCCGGCGCUAUGCAGGCCCCCUGCACCAUCAGACACAACGCUUCCGGCUGGACAAUUUACUCAACAUGGCCUACGGAGUCAAGAGUCCCCUGUCGCUCAUCGCCAGGUUCUCGCCCAUCGCCAUCGACGGCAUGAGCGGCCUGGCGGGCGUGGGCCUGUCGGGGGGUGCAACGGGUGCUGGCUGGUGCAUCUUCGUGUACAACCUGUCGCCAGAGGCAGACGAGAGUGUGCUGUGGCAGCUGUUCGGGCCCUUUGGGGCAGUCACCAACGUCAAGGUCAUCCGCGACUUCACCACCAACAAGUGUAAGGGCUUCGGCUUUGUCACCAUGACCAACUACGACGAGGCGGCCAUGGCCAUUGCCAGCCUCAAUGGCUACCGCCUGGGCGAGCGUGUGCUGCAGGUGUCCUUCAAGACCAGCAAACAGCACAAGGCCUGAGCCACCACCGCCCUCCCCACCCUCCCCGGGCAGC